GGCUUUCUUAACGGUCACCGAGCGUUCUAAGGUUGCUUCUAGCGGUUUAAAACCGCGCGGUGGAACGAGCUUUUUGCGAUGGAUUGCUUGCUUUUGUGGUCCAGGGUGCAGGGAAUGAGACGCACGACGUGACACUGUGCCUCAGCCAAGUGCAAUAUCGCAGCCAGACAUUGAUGCUGAAGAUAAAAGGAAAAUGGGUUCGCAACAGGAGUGGUUUGGUAUUGGUGAUCCCGUCUUUGCGCACCCUGCAGCCAGAAGACAGCCCUCGCGAAGCCACACCCUGUCAGCCGGUUAAGGGAGGCAUUUCCCCAAGCUAGCAAGGAAAAGCAAGAACACACAUCGCGAGACCAGUCCACGGGUGCAACUUGAAAGCAUAGACCAACCGGGUCGUCUAAAAUGGCAUCCUCCGCAGCUGACGCCAUUGAGCGCAUCGUCGCCGGAAACCGAGUUUACGCCCAGAAGACGACCGAGCAAGAUCCGAAUGCCUUCGCAGAUCUGAGCAAAGGCCAAUGGCCCGAAAUCCUGUGGAUUGGGUGCGCCGACAGCCGGGUUCCCGAGACAACUAUCUGCAAUUGCAAGCCGGGCGACAUCUUCGUGCACCGCAACAUCGCGAACUGCGUCCAUGCCCACGACAACAACACGGCCGCGGUGGUCCAGUAUGCGGUAGGCGCUCUGGGCGUGAAGAAGGUCAUUGUCUGCGGCCACACUAGGUGUGGCGGCGCACAGCACUCGCUGAAUGACCACGACCUGGGUGAGACGCUCAACACCUGGCUGCACCCGAUGCGCGAACUUCGGAGAAAACAUAAGGCCGAGCUGGACAAUCUGCCCGAUGACGAUGCGCGGGCCGUGCGGAUCGCGGAGCUCAAUGUCAUUCAAUCGCUGGACGUGCUGAAGCAGCACCCGGCUGUCACGAAGGCCAUCAAUGAUCGCGGCCUGACUCUCCACGGCAUGAUCUUCGACAUUACCAACGGGCAGUUAAGGCUGUUGGAAGAAUCUGGAGGGAGGAGGGCUAACGUUGGGCUUUGGAGUCCGAGUUAGAUUGGGGCAAGACCCAUAAUGGGAUACUGCAUUGGGGAGUUUCGACAGCCUGUCUUGGUGUUGCAUAUUUGCGAGGGGCCUUGGAAGGAACGGUCAUGCGGCAAGGCUGAGGGUCAUAGAAGGACGCGAUAGAUCACGAGCAUCACACCAUAUGGAUGGG